GUUCGACAUAUCCAAAGUGGAAAUAUGUGGAAAUUUUUCGUGUACAAUUGAUGAUCCGCAGUAGCGGAGUUGAACAAAUAAUUGGGUUUAAUAUAAGUGAUUGAUUGAGGUGUUGAUCGGAGAGAUGAUACAGCAACAUUGAUUAUCAAGAUGGACUGAUGGACAGUUGGAGAUGAACAAUUCUGUUUUUGUCAGUUCUGCGAAAAACGCACUUGUGCAACGCCAUUUUGUGACCACGCACGGUAGAGACGUAAACAUCAAACUUUCUAAUCGUGUUUAUUGGGCCCUCGUUAUGUCAUUAUUUGGGGUGAUAAGGGUUUGAGGGCCAUUGGGGAUAUCUGGUGACUUGUUCAGGCAUUUGGAGAGGCGGUCCAGUGAUUGGGGAUAGAUUAUGCUGGACGAGGGCUAGUUGUUUUCGCGCCAAUUCGAAUCUAGAUAUGCACCUGGUACAUCUGGCUCUCGGAGACAAACAGCUGGACAGUCCACGUUAAUGCACAAUUAUCAUAACUUUACCCACUAUCUCUCCGAGGAUAUUUAUUGCGGAUUCACAGAGGAAAGACCCACAAGGGUGUAAGGGUCUCUCCAUAAAGAGUCUAUUUUUGAGUGAUGCAUCGAGGCCAGACCAGUGUUGAUGUCAGAAAAAAGUGAAAAAUGUCUGGUGAUUCAGGAUGGAAUGCCGUUAUCCAUCACCCAUCGGAGUUGGAGUUGCAAAAUUGGAAUUGGGAUGACAACGAUCAUGAGCAGGAAAGAGAGUUGCCAUCAACGGUAGACAUGGAUGCAAUAAAAGGUGGUGGCAGUUGGGAUCCAGCAAAUGGGCAGAAUGAAACGGAUUCAGUGGACUCCGAGGAGGAUUCAGACUCGGACGAUGACAGUUCAGCUGGCUCUGAUGGCAGUUGCUCAUACUCAGAUUCCGAAUCAGACGACGAGACGAGUGGUGACGACUGCGAGGACUCUGGAUCAAAUACAGACUGUUCGUCAGAGCACAGCGAACAAACAUUUCUCAUCAGAGAGACAAACUUCGAGCCGGGCUCCCUCAAACUCAAAAUCAGUAUGAAGGCGCAGAAGAAGGAGGAGGCAGAGAAGAAAAAUGAAAAGGCCAAAAGAAUAAUAACGAGAAAAUCAAAAAUAUUUAAUGCCAAAACGUCCGAGUGUCUGACUGAGGAUUCAGACUCGUCGGCUGGUCCAACGAGUGUAAAUCCAUCGUCCUCUGGUGAAAAACAGUCUGCCCCUCAGCCACUCCAGGAGCUCAAUCAGGAGCACUUGUCAGCAAUUUUACCAGAGCAAGAGGACACACCCUUCGACGGUUUCGAGGACUCUGAGAGUGGUAGACUUGUUUCCAAGGCCAUCGAACGAAUGUCCCUGGGGGCUGACUCAGACUCGAGUGACAAUGUCGAUGACAAUCCAGUGCCAGUCUACAGCUCAACGUUGCUACAGCAAUUCGUCGAGAAGACGCAGCUCCUCUCUGAGCCUAGAAAACGCAGAAGCAAAUUGGUAAAGAAAAAUAAUGAAACCGAGUACGCAUGCAUCUCGAAUGUGUCACCAGAUUCUGGGAUUCAAUCUGUGGACAACAGCCCACUUCAUCUGGCUGUUCCAACGAGUCCUGGGCCCUCGCAGUCACCAGUGCAAUCAGCUCCAAUGAAGCCCGCUGUAAAUGUCGACCGUGUCCUUUAUCCCCCAAAACGAAAGCCUGGUAGACCCUCGAAAACCGUCUCGAGUCAGCCUCGAGGCCCUGGUAGGCCAAAAAGUACAGAUAAAAUUGAAAAAAUGGAAGGUACCAAGAGCCCACCUGUCGAUGCUAAAAAGGAAGAUCCAAAAAAGAUUAAAACAACGUCAAAGUGUGGUAAAAAUGUCAAACAAUGUGCUAAAAAUCAAAGGUUAAAAAAUAAUACUAAAAAAUCCAGCCCCUUGAAUGAAGAUGCAUCAUCUGAUAAUAUUAAUGAACAAUCUUCCGUGGAUAAGUGCCUCAGUAAUGUAAAAAAAGUGAAUAAAGAGAGUAGUAAAACGUGUGAGCAAGUGUGUACAAAAGUCAAGCAAGUCAAGAGCAUUGAUACAGCAAAGUGCAUCAAUACGUCUCCAUCUCGACAAAAAAUUAAUGUCGAAGCGGCAGCUGAGGAAAAAGUCAUAAGAAAGAGCUCCAAGGAGAACAGACUCGAAAUAUCUCCCCAGAAUAACAAGAAGCAAAUUUCUACCAAGAAGACUCUUCCGCCACCACCUCCUAGAAGAGUUCUAAAGGAAAAUAAAAGCAGUAAAAAGACAUCUGAAACAAAUGUAGUUGGUGUUCAAACCGUAAUAUCACUCCCAGUAGAUCUAAAACCCCAAAUAGCCGAUUCAAAUCGUCACUCCCUCAAAUGUGAUAAACCAAUUCAGCCAGUCUUGAAGAAUCGUCACAAGCAUCAUCACAAGCAUCGUCGAAGAGUUGUGGUACCUCCAAAGACACCAAUAAGAAUUGAUCCAUCAAUCGUCGAGGAGCUUGAAAAAUUAAUCGAGGAUUUUGCCAGUGCCUGUAGUUUAGGAAGGAACAAUACGAAUUCUAGUAGCUCUGAGUUGCCACAGAUAUUUCGUGUGAAGAAAAUAACGAAAAAGAGAAAGGGCGAGGGAAAUUCCAAUGACGAUCAGAAACUCAAGAGAAGACUGAAGAAGGAAAAGCCAUCGAAUGAUUUGAAAAGCAGUCAGAAUUCUAGUGCACCUUCCAAUCCUAAUGAGCAAAGACUUCCAUUGAAAAAACGACACUAUCAUCUGUCUAGUCCCCACAGCUCUCAGAGCUCAAAUGCCAGUUGUACAGAGACUAAUCCAAGAGACGAGUCAAAUUCCAUGGAGAGUCAUAUUGAGGAAGCCAUUGAGGCGACUAUUGAGAGAUACAGCAGUCCUGGAAGUUCUCAGAAGGAGAUUGAUACGAUGAAUCUGAAGAAGAGAUUGAGGGAAGCUGAGACGACUGCCCCUUCAGUCUCUCCUGGCAGUGACAGCUCUGACGAAGGAAAACCAUUAAACAGACUCGAACCACCAAGAAGAAAAAAGAAAAUAGUGAGAGAUCUUCGAGUCACCGUCACCAAACUGUCAUCCGACAAUCACUCCCCCAUGCCAGAUAAAUCAGAUACCAGAAGUAACGAUAAGAAGACCUUGGACAAAUUAACAAGAGCCGAUAAAGCAUCUGAUAAAAAUAAAGCAACAGCAAAAGACCUUGAAAAAAGUGAAUCCAAGGAUGAUACCACCACAAAUCCAUCAAAAACACCUGAUGAUAAAACAUCCUCUGAUAAGAAGGAUAAAAAAGACGUUAAUCCUAUGUCAACAGCUCCAGAUGCUCCAGAUGCGGUUGUCCCUGUUCCAAAGAAAAAAAUUCGAAGAAGAAAGGCUAUAAAUCGUACCGGAUUUCCCACCUUGAAAAAGAAAAAGAAGAAGAAACCGGUAGCUCCUGAAACCCCAGCAGCUGAUGCCUCAGUCGACCUUGAGAUAUCAAAAAUCGAGGAAAAAUCAGUUGCCUCAGAGGCUGAUGCCAAUCCCCUGCCACCGAAGAGCGAUGAUCACAAAGACAGCGAGGACGAGGGACCUCUCGAGCUCAAGGACUUCCACGAGUCUUCCUGUCACAGUUUCUCCUCCGAUUUGGACACCUGCCCAGGACACCUGCGAGUUCGACGGGAUCUUGUUGAAUGCAAUGGCAGCAGACCCUGCGACAAGCUCUGUCCAGUGAAAUUCGAGAAGAUUCAGGACUCGAGAAUUUAUGAUGAGAAUGCAACCCUCGAGGAGUCGCUCGAGCGUUAUAAUCAGAGUCAGCGGAUAGCAGAGCUGAGUGAGGAGAAUGUGAAGAAAUUGGACAGAGCGAAUUCUCACAUGCGAAUGGAAUUGUCAGGAUGUCUGAAUAAUAAUCACAAACGUCGAAGGGGCUCCACCAGUCCCUGCAACUUGACAUUGAGAAGCAUAAAGAGGCUGAGAAAUGCUGGGUAUGACACAGAGAGUGACGCUCUUCCAAGCAGUGAUGUUGCCAGUGACGAGCCAGAGUUGGGAAAGCAACAGGGAUCUUCUCACACCAGAAGGAAGCAGCCCAGAUGGAAGAAACGAUAUCUCCCAGCUGGAUUGUUCUCUGAUUACUACAAGGACGAUGAGCCCAGGAAAUUAUCAAAUACUGAUGGAAAGAAUAAACUGACUUACGAGCCCUCUGAACAUCCCCAUGGACUCCUCCCUCCCCCCUACCACUGUGGAAAAUUCCUACGUCAAAGAAAAAUACCCUUUCAACUACCCUACGAUCUCUGGUGGCUGCACACCCACUCGAGACUCCCUGGAAGGGACCUUGUGCCCUCCUGGAACUAUCGAAAAAUCCGAACCAAUAUCUACUAUGACGUUAAACCAACGACUCUGUACGAGGCUCAAGGCUGCGAAUGCAAACCAGAUUCUGGUUGUGGUGAUGAUUGCAUCAAUCGCAUGGUCUUCAGUGAGUGUGCACCUCAGUUGUGCCCAUGUGGAGAAAAAUGCGAGAAUCAGAAGAUCCAGAGACAUGAAUGGGUGCCUGGACUUCAACGAUUUAUGACUGAGAGCAAGGGCUGGGGAGUGAGGACCAAGGAUUCCAUUAAAUCUGGGGUUUUUAUCCUGGAGUAUGUAGGUGAAGUCGUAUCUGAACGUGAAUUCAAGUCCAGGAUGGCAACGAGAUAUGCCAAUGACACUCACCACUACUGUCUUCAUUUGGAUGGGGGUCUGGUUAUUGAUGGACACAGGAUGGGUGGUGAUGGGAGAUUUGUCAAUCACUCGUGCGAGCCCAACUGCGAGAUGCAGAAGUGGAGUGUCCAUGGGCUUCCCAGGAUGGCCCUAUUUGCAUUGAGGGAUAUAAAAUCUGGUGAGGAAUUAACUUACGACUACAACUUCGCUCUGUUCAAUCCCUCAGAGGGGCAGGAGUGCAGAUGUGGAAGUAAUGCAUGUCGAGGAGUGAUUGGAGGGAAAAGCCAACGAGUUGCCAGGAGUGUGCCAGCCCCACCUCAGGUAGAGUCAUCUGAGCGUAAAGCAGUUGGUCGACCCAGGAAGAACGUUCGUAAAUCAAACGUCGUCCAAGCCACAUCAAAAGGCCUCUGCAAAACUCGUAAAAUAGGGGACUCCAGUCUCAUCAAUACUCCUACGAUGAAACCAAUGUCUCACCAGCAGAGGUGCUUUGCUCAACAACACCACUGCUUCCUUCUGAGAAAUCUCGAGAAAGUUCGACGAAUGAAGGUGCCUCUUGUCCAGCCAUCACCAGUCACUGGUAAAGCCAAAGAUAAAGCAGUUGUAGCUGUCAAAGAAAAAGCACCAGCUGACAAGAAUCAUGCAGAUGCAUUCUUCACUCAACUCAAUGCACUCACGAAUAAUCCAUCGAGAACUGUGAGAACUCGUAGCCUAGCUCAAGCCCAGGACGAUCCUGAAGUCAACAAAACAGCUAAAUUGGCUAAAGUAUUGAAGGAUUUGUAUACUGUUGUCUCAUCAGCUAACGAUGAAAACGAUUUACCGCUGUGCACUCCAUUUAUAAAUCUUCCACCGAAAAGAAAAUUACCCGAGUAUUACGAGAAAGUUCAGGAGCCAAUUGACUUAACAAUGAUUGAUCAGAAUAUUGGAACAGGCCAUUAUAAGACAGCCGAGCACUUCGACCAGGACAUCAUUAAAUUAUUCGAUAAUAAUGUCAAAUACUUUGGAAGAACAUCAGAGAUUGGGAUAGCUGCAGCCAGAUUGAGAAAACUUUAUUUGGGAAGCAAAGCUGAUUUUAUUGAUGCUAUAACCGAAGCAACUGGUGCACCACCUGCUCAGGGCUUCCUGCCGCCCCAGGGAUCGACAGCUGGGGAAGAAGAUGUUAUCAGGUGCAUAUGUGGACUCCACAGGGAUGAGGGGCUGAUGAUUCAGUGCGAGAGGUGUCUCGUAUGGCAGCACUGCGAUUGUGUUAAAGCUGACACUAGUGUUGAGUCCUAUUUAUGCGAGAGGUGUCAGCCCAGGGAAGUCGAUCUUGAGAUACCACUCGAGGGUGAGGAGGAAGAGGGAAAGAAGCAUUUUGUCACUCUUCUCAGGGGUGAAUUGCAGUUGCGGCAAGGGGACACGGUUUACGUUCUUAGGGACACACCUGAGAAACACACGUACAAGACUAUUCAGAAAUUUGAUUAUGAACAGAUGGAUAUAUUCAGGAUUGAGAGGCUAUGGAAGGACGACAAGGGGGAGAGAUUUGUCUUUGGUCAUCAUUAUUUGAGGCCUCAUGAGACUUAUCAUGAACCAACCAGAAAAUUUUAUGAGAAUGAAGUGGUUUGCGCACCACUUUAUGAAGCUGUCCCUUGUGAUUUGGUAGCUGAGAGGUGCUGGGUACUCGAUCCACAUACCUUUUGCAAGGGACGACCUGUUGGGGCCACAGCUCAACACACCUAUGUGUGCGAGUACAGAGUGGAUCGAGCUGCCAGGCUGUUCACCAAGGUCGCCAGGUCUCGACAUCAUGUCUGCACUAAACCUUAUGCCUUCGAGGUCUUCCCACAGAGGAUCAAGCAUUAUCGUACUUAUUUGCCACACAGUUUAGAAGGCAUUCAAUCCACCAAAGCAAUCAAGGAUAAGAAGAAGAAUAACUCAUAUCCGGAUCCCGAUAAUAGUCACAAGACGGAAGGGAGUGAGGGGAGAAUCAAUGGGAAAGAUCAGAUUAAAUCAGUCAAUAAAGCUCGACGUAGAUCGUGUGACGAGCACAGGAUUACACCUGCUGUUUCAUUUGCUCAGAGAGAGGAACAACGAAAGAGACUGAAUGGAAUAUUAACGAAUCUGUUGCAAAGAAUGCCGAAUAAGAAGGAUCCUCUGGACAUGUCAUUCCUGCUCGAACGUAAUCGGCGCAAUCGUAAAAGACCAAUGGCUCCAAAUCAGUGAUCCUCGAGGAGGGGAAAAUGACUAUAAAAAAUAAAUCCCCUUUAUCCACCACUAAUUAUAUCAACUGAUCAUUGAGGGACCCGAUCAGACCGGGUAUAAUCCAUUCUCUCGGACUUUUAUAGACCGUUUUAGACGUGUAUGUACAAAAAAAAGAAUUACCUUAAAAUCAUGUCUCUACACAUCUAUCCCGUCCAUUUGUCUUACGUACUAAUUCAAACGACAACUUUCCAAUAACGAAAAGGUGUAUUCGAUGUCGCGAGAAUAAUUAGGACCCAUAAAUUUUUUACUCCACUGGAAUUAUCAUGUCAUUUAUAAUAUCUCACGAAAUCCUGAUCCUUUCAUCUUUUUUUUAUUUUAAAUUGGGUGCACGGUCUAACAAUUAUGAUGAAAAAAAAUAUGUACAGAGUUAUUUGUAAAUUAUUUCCAAUUUUUAUUAGAAAAAUCAAACGUUGUUAAGAUCUUAUAGUUGAUUGUACAAAUUGUGGAAUGAGGGAGACGUUUAAUUAUUGGAAAAAUAAUGAAAAAUUAAGGGCGCUAAUGUAGCGUCGAGGUAGCUUUGUUGCACAAAAAUUGAUGAUUGAAGAAAAAAUGGAAUAUUAUAUUUUUCAUAAUCCCCCGGUGUUAACGGAUGUAAAUUAGAAAUUAAAUUAAUAGACGAGAGGAAGUUUACUUAUGUAUUUAAAUUAUUAAUAUUUUUAUUCAUCACUGGUGGUGAUGAUUAUUUUCCAGCGGCCAGUUGAGGGUCUCAAAAGUGUCUUUUUUGCUCGGAAUACGAAAAUGUAAAUAUUUCAUCAUGAAUAUUUAUUAUUAUUAUUAUAUUGAUUAUAUUAUUAUUAUCAUGAUUAUCGUAAUGAUUUUUACGUUGAAUAACGCUUGUUGCGACACACAUCGAUCCCCUUGAAGAUCACAAAUGCACACUUGCACUUGCCUCAAUGCCAGAUGAUUUUUAACGAUUAGUUAUUAAUGACUCCAUGUACCUUUUUAUGAAGAAAAGAAAUAAUAUAGUUAAAUUCUUCUUUCGAUUAAUUAACCAUGACUGUAAGAGAUAAAUUAUCGAUUUGUUGUUGCACUUUAUUUUAUUAAAUUCGACAUUAAAGUUUGGAAAAAUUAAUAAUUACGAGUCGAGUUUUAAUGUGGCUCUUUUGAAAUGUCAUUAUUAUUAUUUUUAUUUGUUUAUGAUUUUUUUUUGUUCUCACAUUAAUGAUUGGUAUGUUUUUACCUCACAUGUGUUUUUGCCAUUUGAAUGCUCUAUCGUUUGAGGGAUUUACGAAAUGCCCAAUCCCAGAGUUUGAGAAUAUUUUAUUUUCUCCAUUAAAUAGUUGGAAUGAAUAAUAAAGAGAAAUAGAAUGAAUCUCCAUUACAUGCAAUUUUCAUCGUUUACUCAACAUUUUCCGCCGUCAAUGAUUUUAAAAUUAAUGAAAGUUGGAUAUGAUCCAUUACAACGGCAGCUUCAUGCUAAUUUAAUGAUGUACAUUGUAUACAACCUACUAUAUUCUUUUUCUGGAGAACGUAAAUAGAUGUUUAAAUAUGCAGAGUAUGUUCUUUCAUUUACUUCUGAUUCCCUUGGUGUUACCAACUUUUCCACGUUUAAUUUCUAUUUAAACAGGUACUUCAAAAAAUAAUUAAUUCAAUUUUAUUAACUGAAAUCAAUAUAUUUGUUAUAUACAUU